UAGAGCAACGAGAAGCCCUAAUUCCUUCUCUUCUUCGGAACACGAGCGAAAUCCAGAGGAAUCCUCCGAGAGGAUCAGGAUUUGAGAGCGCGAUGUACCAUCCAUCCAGAGGUGGUGUUCGUGGUGGCCGAGAUCAAUUCACUUGGGAGGAUGUAAAGGUUGAUAAGCAUCGGGAGAAUUAUCUUGGUCAUAGUAUCAAGGCACCUGUUGGCAGAUGGCAGAAAGGGAAGGAUCUACACUGGUAUAACAGGGAUAAGAAAUCCAGUGCUGCAAAUGCUGAGGCAGCAAAAGAAGAGAUCAGAAGGAUCAAGGAAGAGGAAGAACAGGCUAUGCGUGAAGUUCUUGGUUUAGCCCCCAAGCGUGCUACCCGGCCUCAUGGGAAUCAACUGGAUAAGCACGAGUAUGCUGAACUGGUGAAAAGGGAAUCAACUGCUGAGGAUUUGGGGGCAGGGCAUGCUGAAGCAGCACAAGUGCAAGGGCUUGGUUUGUACAAAGUUCCUCGUGAGCAAGCAGAAUCGAGUUCUUUUCAAGCGGAGCUAAAGGAGGUGCAGCAUGAAACUGAAGAAGAGGCCUUGCCAAUGCCUUGUGAGCCAAAAAUUACUGAAGAAUAUCAUGAUGAGGAUGAAAGAAGGAAGAAGCGGAGACGUGAAGAAAGGAGGGAAGAAAAAGAGAGAAAGCGUGAGAAGAAACACUCUCGGGAUUUAGAUGAGAAGUGGAGGCAUCGCAAGGACAAGGAGAGGAGACGCCAUGACUCUGACUGAUCUAAUGCUUUCCAAACCUUGUGGUUAAUUCUCUCUAAACUCAUUACUACUUGGAUUCUAUCUCAACUGAAUUCUCGUGACUAAAUGUAUGUUGGCAUAUGUCUGCCUCAACCGGAUCAAGAAACAUUAAAUUGUUUUGAGUUGUGAUCUUUGUUGUAUUGAUGGUGCGGUGCACUGCACUUGUUUAUGAUGAUUCCCAGCGGUUUGUUUGUUUCUUGCA